AUGAUCUGGCGCAUCAUCGGCGGCGCCGUCUUAGCCUUCGUGAGGACAGGAUCAUGCGACGUGACUCCAUGGAAGCCAUUCACAGCUUUGAGACCAGGACACCUCUUGACAUACUUCCCGUUCGACAACGACAUGCGGGAUGCGUCCCCACAGGGCACGACCAACCAGACCUCGGUCAAUAUAAAUGUGACCUUGUCCCAGCACUCCAUCCCCAGCGGAGUGAAAGGCGUGUCGGCAUACUUCAAUGGAGAGAGCUAUGUAGAAGUACAGGUGAACAUUAACAGCAACGUGCACCCGGAAGUGACGAUGGGAGCAUGGGUGUUCAUUCCCGAGUACCAUGACAACCAUGCCCCUCAAAGCAACCCCACAGCCGUGUACGACGCAUCCAGUUUUGUCUUGACCCAUACGUCGAAAGGGUCGUUUGAACGAUCCGUGGGCAUCGACUACCGCGGAAAAGGCUGGUGUGCAUUCACAGGCGGCAGCAGCACCGUCAACGACAGCAACAGAAACGAUGGGAUCCUCGGGGGCAUGCCGGUGAAAACCGGCGUCUGGAGCUUCGUGGCAGUGUCGUAUUCCCGAGAGUCCGUGCUCUUGUAUGUUGACGGCGACCGCACGACGACGUCCAAGAAUUCUCUGCGGGUAGGCGACUCCGUCCUCCGCAUCGGGUCUGGCGGGUACCCCGGCAGCAGUUUCUACGGGUUUAUGAACGACGUGUUUGUGUACAACGCAGCCUUGACAAGUGGCGAAUUGGACUUUCUCCGCACGACCAUGGCCCCGACGCUGCCGCCCGCCGUCGGGUCGGCCGGGUAUGCACUGCUGUUUCCAUCUUCGUCGUCCAUCCAAUUCGUGGCCCCAUUGCCCAUCGACGCUGAUCUGACGACGGCGGUGACGCUGGCCAUGUACUUAUCAGUGGACUUUUCACACGAUCCUCGGGUUUGUUUGGGGGCACUGACCUCUGCCACCACGACCCAUACAAUCUACUUGGACGACCGAUCCAAUGGACUCUUCAGUGUCGAGGUCGUACAAUCCAAUGGCCACGUACAGUCGUCGACGUGGACGACGGGGGAUGUGGAUUUACCCACGCAAAACACGUGGGCGCAUCUGGCCUUGGUGUGGACGGCGGGUACACUUCAGUUAUAUCUCGAUGGCCAAUUGAAGGGUGCCACAGACUACCCGACCCCUUUGAUCCUUCCGCAAGCGAUUGGGCAGUUGUGUCUUGGUGCAUGCGAUGAUGGCAGGACGUCAUACUACGGCCUCUUGGACGACAUAUCUCUGUGGAACAUAGCUACUUUCGACUUUGUCCACAGGAACCAUCCCCUACAAGGCGACGAAGACGGCCUCAUCGGGUACUGGGAUAUGAACUACGAGUCAGACCAGCUGCCGACUCUGGCCAUCGAAAGCAAGGCCAUGGCCACAUCAACCAAGCUCACGGCCGCCAUUCGCAUCUUGGCAUACUCAGACCAAGACACCACCGGUCACACGUUCUUAGCUCCGUCAUUCGCCCCCAUCGGAGACCACGUCCAAGCCAAAAUGAACCUCCCAACCUUGGUGCUACUCAACGUCUCGUACGUUGGACUGCCCCUCCGUCCACCCACAACCAUCACAAAACUCCCAGAAAGAGGCACGUUGUUCGCCAGUUGUUGGCCAACGCAUUCAUUCGAUAUGACCACGGCCAUCACAGCCGUGCCGUACACUUUGCCGUGCCCGCGGGUGUACUUUUUGACCGAUCCGGACGACGCCGGCGUCAACUAUGCGACACUGGAGUAUACAGUCCAAGGCAGUCACGUUCCCCGACUGGUCGUUUUCGACGUGGCUGUGGAACUGAUUCAACCGCACUUUUCAAUGCAAGACCAGGUCGUCCAGCGGCUCGGCGGGUACCGCUUCGAAGACGUCGACACGGCCGAAUACUUGGGCACGGUGGAUACGACGCUGGUCAUCACGUCAUCGCAGGACCACGUGCAAGUGACGCUGCCUCCCUCUGACGUGGCAUCCCAGAUCACGACCACGUCCAUGUUCAGUCAAACUGUCCACCUCCUGGGCGCCCCCGCCGACGUGACGCGCGUGUGUGGCCAAGUGGACGUCCAAACGCCCAGCGCCCAUUCGAUCUCCACUCAGUUUUCCAUUCGAGUGGAUGACACUGGUCCGGCCAACGAUCCGCUGGCGAUGUACUCGCAGACGCUGGGCGUGCAGCUGAUCAACACGUUGGGGUCGAUUCCGAUGCUCGACGUGGUUGAACCCACAGUCGCGUACGUGCAAGGCAGCCAGGUCGUGACCAUCACGGCGCACCAACUGCACCCGCGGAUGACGUGUCGCUUUGGCAACGUCACCACCCCCGCUACGAUCAUAUCUCCGUCGCAAAUACAGUGUCGCAUACCUCCAUGUCCAAUGGGCAGCGGUGGGGGCGUCGUGGCGCUGUCUGUGUUGUUCUUUGGCCAGUUUGAAAGCCGACCGGUGCCGUUCGCGUACGUCCCGCCGAUUCAAAUCCUCAGCGUAUUCCCCACCGUCGUCAGUGCCAUGGGCGGGACCGUUGUAACCCUCUCGACAACUACCUCGUUGGACGACGGCUUUCAGUCCAUAUUUUGCGUGUUUUCCGACCCCCCACUGUUCCACGUGGUAGUUCCCGCCUUGACGGUGACACUGUCGCAGUUGACAUGUCGCGUACCGAUCCUUCCAUCGUCCGUGGUGAUGCUGGGAGUAUCCCCUAACAACGGAAUCGACGUCACCACCGCCCCGACGCCACUGGCCGUAGUCGCCCCUCCAAAAGCCAUCUGGUUAAGUCCGUCUUCUGGGCCAGUGGGGGCCUCCAAGUGGGUUCACGUCCACGGUCUAUAUAUGUCAGCCCAGUCAUAUUGCGUUGUCGACUCCAAGCGCACGACCAGUCGAUUCGACUCGCCGACGGGACUCUGGUGCCAGAUGCCUCCGUCUUUAGUUGCCCGGACAGUUCAAGUGUCGGCCGCCAUCGACGCCACGCCCGUGGAGCUCCCGGCCCUGUCUUAUGAGUACCAAGAUGGCAUCUUGCUGCAGUCCAUAUCCCCUGCAAGCGGCCCCGUCCGUGGCGGCACCGUUCUCGAUGUGUUUGGGUCGCACUUUCGCAACUCCCCAGCGUUGCAAUGCCGGUUUGCACUGCUGACGUUGGUCCCAGCAACGUUUGUGUCGCCUUCAGCUAUCCAGUGCAUUGUUCCGCCACUUUCCGACGCUUCGACGGCCGUUGCCGUGGACGUGACGUCGAAUGGGGUGGACUUUUCCGCAAGUCAGCUGAUGUUCCGACCUUACGAUGAGGUUCAUGUCACUCGAACGUACCCGAGCCUUGGGCCACGCAGUGGAGGGACCCUUGUGACAGUGUUCGGUGACCACUUUACCCCGUCGACGCUCAUGAGUUGCAUGUUUGGAGAGAAUGUGACACUGUCCACGCCGGCCAACGUCAUCAGCUCCACCAUCGUACAGUGCAUGUCGCCUAACGUUGUCACAGUCCCAAGAACCAGUAGCACGACGUUUCGACUGAACGUGAAUGGACAGGACAUGGUCGUGAACCCACUGGUGACGUUUACAUACCACGACCCCAUUCAAGUGACCCAGCUCAGCGUCACGAGUGGGAGUGUGCUGGGGGGAACCACCGUUCGAGUGACCGGGCUGUUUCCAAUGAGUCUCGUGUCGCUAGUCCGGUGCAAGUUUGGGACGAUCAGUGUAUCUGCGACAGCGUUGUCGUCGACGGAGCUGACGUGCGUCACACCAUCGCAACCGACGGCGCAGGUCGUGUCCGUCGCCGUGGCUCUGAACGGCAUUCAAUUUGAAACCACAAGGUUCGAGUUUGACUAUUUCACGGCGCCGUCCAUUUCUAUGGUGGAACCGCGGUGGGUGCCCCAAGCAACCACGAGCUCCGUCCUCGUGUUCGGCUCGUUUCCGCCGCCGUCCGCCCAGAUCAACGUCACAUGCCGAGUCGUGGGAAGAUCUCAAUCGAGUAUGGCGGCAAUGGCCCAGUGGGUAAAUUCGACGGUCCUCUUGUGCGGGCCAGUCCUGUGGAGCACCGUAGGAGACGCCGCCGUGGAGUUAUUGUGGAACCAGGACAUGGUGAGAACCGGAGCGUCGGCCGUUUACGUGCAUCCCCCCGUGGUCGUGACCCGGAUAUCCCCGUCUGUCAUAUGGAUUGGCGCGACUGGUUCCGUCGACAUCGUCGUGGUUGAAGCGACGAAUGUCAUUCAAUUGGACACUUUGGUGUGUAUUUGGAACCGCACAAUCCCAACACGAGCGCUGUACAUGUCCAGUUCGCAAAUCAAAUGCCCCACGCCGUCGAUACUGCCUGUUGGGGACGUCAGCCUCGCCGUGUCGUUGAAUGGCGGCCGGGAUGUGACCGCCGCCCCCACUCUCUUGUCUGUGCGGCGGGUUCCUAUCGUUCUGUCCAUGCAUCCUGUUCAAGGACCCAGCGGCACGAUCGUGUCCUUUUCACUGGCUGAGCCCGUCUCUGCAGCAGCAGAGAUGCCUGUACAGUGCCGCUUUGGAACGGCCAAUGCGCUCCAUCAAGUCCAACUAGCAAAUGCCACGUGUUUGCAGUGCACAGUGCCGUUGGGGAUGGCAGAUGCUUCGGUGGUCGAUGUGGUGCUGGUCAUGAGCCCUGUAUCGCAGAUCUUGACUUCGUUUCAGUUUGCAGUGACCAACCCCGUGUCGGUGCUGCAGGUGUUUCCUUUGGCAAUUGGUCUCCACGACAACUCGACGUGGAUUCAAGUGUACGUCGACACCCUACUGACUUCCACCACAGCGGUUCGGUGCAAAUUUGGAUCCAUCGCUACAGUUCAAGGCCUACCAACGUCGUCACAGGGAUUUCGAUGUCUGGCGCCGCUUCAGCCCCAAGAGACCUCCUCUCCCCUCCUUAUCUCAGUGGCGAACCGUCCGCUCCAAGACACGGGGGUUGUCCUUUCCUUCCAAAAGCAAAGCGUUGUGGACAUGCAUCCUCUGGUUGGUCCCAUAUCUGGCAACACGACGCUGACAUUCUACGGCUCGGCCUUCCCGCCGGGGCCGUACCAGUGUCUAUUUGACAGUCACAUCUUUGUUAUGGCAACAUUGACGCCAUCCCCUCUCUCCGCAGUACGAAUCCAAUGCGCCACUCCAACGACGACGGUGCCCCACAACGCCACCGUGUCACUGACAGGAAUCAACGGCCAAGUUCUCGACUCGUUCUCGUUCCAGUACGUGGCACCCCCAAGCGCGACAGCCUUGAUCCCAAGCGUCGUUCAAGCGUACAGCCCCCGGCAAUCGCUUCAAGUCGUCGGACUCGACUUUCCUCCCACGUUAGUGUGUGCUUUCCAAGUCCGAGACCAGUGGGUAUUAGCACGCACUUCGAAAAGCAAUUCAACCCACGCCACGUGCACGUUUCCAUCACUCACUGCCUCCUCCACGCUGUACCUGUCGACCAACGGCAUCGACUUUACGCCGUCGCAGGUGGCGCUGACGGUUGUGCCGCCAGUAACCAUCACGAGUAUGGACCCCAAAGUGGCGACAGUUUCUGGCCCACUGGUCAACAUCACCGUGGUCGGAACCGGCUUGCAACACGUCCAACAGUGUCACAUUGGUGCUGACGUUGUGGUCGUGCCACGUAUUCUCUCCAACACGUCGCUGGUGUGCCCUCUACCUCGCGACCACGUACCCGCCCAGUCUCUUGGGUUGAUGUCGUUGGAGCUAAGCGUCAACGGAGUGGACGUAACGUCGAGUGGCUUGCAGUUUCGAUGGGUUCCCAACUUCACAUUGACGUCGUACGCCCCGAACUAUGGCCCGGAAGACGGCGGCACGAUCUUAACCAUCGUCGGUGGGUGGUCCAACUGGCCUACCGACGUCGCAAUCUACUGCCACUUUGGCCCGAGUAUGGUAUCUCGUGGCACUUUGGCGGGCGAUCACACGCUGCACUGCACGACCCCUCGGUCCAUGCCCAACCAGUCGCGGAACAUCGGCGUCUCAGUCGACCGACAGACCGUUCAGUUGGUCCGUCCGCCGUUCAUCGUGUAUCCGUCGCUUGCUGUCACGCGGGUGGUGCCUUCCUUUGGCAGCGUCAACGGGAACACAUCCGUGUUGAUUCAAGGCACGAAUUUCCAAAACACGUCUCUGUUGGCGUGCAAAAUCGGCGACGACGUCGUGCCCGCGCGCUUUGUCAGCGCCACAUCCGUCCAACUGACCACUCCUCGACGCUUGGAGUCUGCCGGUGGAGCCGACUUUUACCGCGUGCCUGUCUCUUGUUCGCUCAACGGCCAAGACUAUUCAACGUAUGUGGGCAGCUUUGAGUACCAACCGGUCGUGGCGCUGCAAAGUGUCUUUCCCAAGCGUGGGUUUGCAAAUCCCCCAACAAAUCUACUUCUGAAAGGGACGUUUUACGCUACUACAUCAGGAGCAGCAGCCACCUGUCGAUUCAACCAAUCCCAACGUACCAACGCAACGGUCACGUCACCGUCGACUGUGGAGUGCCCAACCCCGUCGCAGAUACCCCCAGGAAUUGUCUCCGUGGAUGUCUCCCUGAACGGUGUCGACUUUACCUCGUCCGGCGUACAGUUUACACUUGAUGCCAUGCCGACAUUCAGUCAAGUGUACCCUGCAAGCGGCCCUGAGUCGGGUGGAUCGACGGUGUUGGUGUCCGGAGCGCACUUUCCAAACGCGGUCUUGCUCACGUGCAUGUUUGACAACGUCACAUCCACCACUUCCGCUGCCACGUGGGUAGAUCCAUCGACCAUUCUAUGUGUGACACCGCCGCACGCGCCUGGCCCGAGUGUCCUGCGGAUUUCGUUCAAUGGCCGCGACUUCUCGACAUCGUCGCAGACGUUUCGCUACACGUCGCAUGCGACGGUCACAGAGAUUUACCCGACGCGAGGCCCUGCGACGGGGGGCACCCUCGUCACAGUCUACGGCACGGGCUUCAUCGACUCGCCAGACUUCACUUGCCUGUUUGGGGCGAACGCGGCACCCCCACGGCAAGUCGUGGACUCGACCACGGCGGUGUGUGUCGCCCCGGCGGCUGUGACACCGUUGACGCAAGUGGUGGUGUCCGUGUCCAACUCCCGAUUGGACGGUGUCGGCGCAUCAGGCGGUGCCGUGUUCCACUUCCAUAAGCCCGUGUUUGUGGCCCACAUCCAGCCCAAAUUCGGCCCCGUGACCGGACAAACCUUGAUCCAAGUUACGGGUAUGGAGUUCAUCCCUCAAUCGAUAUACAUGUGUCGAUUUCUAUGGGAAACAAGUAUUGAUCUCAACGCCACCAGUAUACGCCACGUGCCAGCGAUGUACGUCAACUCGACCCACCUCACAUGUCGGAGUCCCUCGGUGGCCGCCACAACCAGAAGUACGUGGAUGCUCGUGGAGAACGGACUGGCGCUGUCGUUGUGGCCCAUAGAGUAUGUAUUCCACGAGCAAGUGGACUUGGUCCAGAUCACGCCGUCCACUGGGUCAAUCCUGGGCGGAACCCUCGUUACCAUUCUGGGGAACCACUUUCUAUCGAGUCUGGACGCCAUGUGUGACUUUGGCAUGGGCAGGAUGACUCGUGCCUCGGUCCUGUCAGUGUCGAAAGUGCAGUGUACGACGCCACGGCACUCCCCGGGGACCUCUGCCGUCCGCGUCUGCCUCAACGGCCUCCAGUGCUCACUGCCGUUUGUCGUGUUUGAAUUCCACCCGAUUCCAGUAUGGACAUCGCUGCAGCCGACUACAAUUCCUGCGACGGGGGCCACCAACCUCACGCUUUGCUUUCAACCGUCGUCGCACAUGUUCAAGUUUACCCACUGCCUCUUUGGCCAACGCCAGUCAGCUGUCGCCUAUGUCAAUGCAACGUGCGUUAAUUGCUGGACGCCGGCGCUCCCGGAAGGCGUGACAGUGGACAUCGGGGUAUCGGUUAACCGGAUCGACGCCCUUCCCACCUCCAUGCACGUAUUGCCGACAAAACCCUUGGACGUGUCCGGAGUGGUUCCGACGGCCGGCCCUACAACCGGCCACACCCGGCUCGUGAUCUCCGGACGCUUCAAUACCUCCAUGGCGUACGUGUGCCGAGUCGGCACGUCCCCCGCCGUUCCGGCUCUCGCCGUGUCUGGCGACUCAGUGCAUUGCUACACCCCUCCGUCCCCCGCAACCGGAAACGUGCCCGUGGCAGUGAGCGACAACGGCGUGGACUUUACCUCGUCGCAUUUUCCGUUUCGAUAUUACGCGGGAAUUCAAUUGACGUCCAUCUGGCCCCCGCAAGGCGCUGAAACGGGCGGGUAUUUCGUCACACUGUCGGGAAUGAACUUUGAAAUGGCUGCGGUUUGUCGCUUCGGCAUGGCGCCGCCGACCCCUGUCCAGUGGGAGUCGUCGACCAGAGUACUGUGUCGCGUGCCGCCUCGAAGUCCGGGGACGAUUGGUGUGGGUAUCUCCAACAACCACGUCGACUUUACGUUUGGGUCGUUUUUGUUUUACGCUCUGCCUCGAGUGUACAGUUUGAACCCCGCCGUGACGUUAUACGGGGUUGGUGGGCCGAGCAAGAUUACAGUUCACGGUGACCUAUUCCAGAACAUUUCGACCUUGAAGUGUCUCUUCGAUACGACUGUGACCCUGCUCACGUACAUCGAUGCCAAGACAGUCGUGUGCACAGUGCCCGCUCUAUCACCCGAGGCGGCUGGUCUCGUUCGCCUGAGUUUGAUCGACUUGGCCACGCAUGUUCAGGUCGACUCGCCCGUGGCUAUGACGGUCUUGGAAGUUCCAAUUGUGGAGAGUGUUGAGCCCACUGUACUUCGUCGCCAGUCGACAUUGUCGUCGGUGCUGAUUUCUGGCCACCACUUGUAUCCGAGUUUAACCUGCGGGGAUGACAGAGGUAGCACCAGUCCGGUGGAGUUUCUGUCGUCGUCGCAAGUUCGCUGCAGCGUCCAGUUGAAUGCCACGACGCUUCGCAUCGUCGAUCCAGCGUUAAACUACACGGUGGUGCGUCGGGCCUUGACGUGGUUUGACGAUGUGCGCAUCGCGGAGAUCGUGCCACGUCACGGUCCCUCGACGGGCAACACCCUCGUGAUGGUCACGUUGGCGACCCCAUUGCCUCGAAUGUUAACAUCGUUGUCAUGUCGAUUUGGAACCGACUCGGUGGCUGCCCAGGUGGUUAACCGCACGACCAUUCGGUGCGCGUCCCCUGCCAAACCCAGCAGCACCAGAACAGCCCAACUGUCUGUGAGUUUGAACCAACUCGACUUCUCUCAAGGCAGCGUUCCAUUUGAGUACUACGACAAUGCGCAGAUGGUUGGCCUGGAACCACUGUACAUUCCGUCAAAUGCAGUCAACGCUAGCAUAGUACUGCGGGGUGUAAACAUCCCCCUGGGUUUGAAUCAAAGCCGCCCCGUCUGCUUCUUUGGACCGACUCUCACGAGUCCGGCCGUUGUGGAGUCGAGUGAGAUGGUGGUGUGUCGUCUACCUGCAGAACUCGCCAUCAAACAGGGAACUGUGUCCGUGGCAUUUGCUCCCAAUGGUCAGAAUCCAGUUGCACCCGACUUGACCCUGACAAUAUUUGUGCAUCCCCAAGUGCUUCAAAUCACUCCACUUCGAGGCACGGUGCAAGGUGGAACCACUGUCCGAAUCGACUUUGACGCUGUGGUCGAUUCGUUUCCCACCAUCCAAUGCCGCCUUGCGACGGCCACAAGCCCCGCCUCUGUCGUGGGGCCGAGUGCCGUCGAGUGCCGCGUACCUACGUCCACAUCGUCACCUGGCCUCAUAGUGGACGUUUUCGUGGCUCUGAACGGUCAGGACUUUGUCUUCACUCGGUCGUUUCAAUACGUAGACAUCCCAUACAUCACGUCCGUGUCCCCUCCCGUCGGCACCGAAUUGGGCGGCUCGACCGUUUCCAUCGCCCUUCCUCUAGCCACCACCCUGUGGCAGUCGUCGUUGUACUUGAAAUUCGGCAACUCAGAGCCCGUGGUCGCUGCUUUGAACGCGUUUGGCAUUGCCACGUGUGUAGUGCCAGCUCAUGCCCCUGGUCCAGUGACCCUCCUCGUGUCCGUCAAUGGGGUCGACUACCUGCCAGCCAACCACACGUUUACGUACCUCAUGGCUCAAACUUCCACCGGUCUCGUACCCGCGUUGGGUCCAGUGACCGGCGGGACGGUCGUGUCCAUCUUCGGGACCAACUUUGCCUCAUGUGUGGACAUGGUGUGUCGGUUCGGUCCGCACUUGGUGGCUCCAGCGGUGUUUGUGUCGGCGCAGCAGCUCCAGUGCACCACGCCGUCCACCGUAGCCCCGUCAGACCACCUCGUCGUAUCUGUCUGGUGUGGACUACUCAACCGAAUCGUGACACUGGACCAAUCGUUCUCGUUCUAUACACCCCCACAAUUGGUGUCGUUAACACCCCGCCUCGCGCCCACCACCGGCGGGACCAAGCUGAGCAUCACCACUAGCCAGCCAGUAUCCGUUAUCCGACCCAGCAGCGUGUCAUGUCGAUUUGACUCGGUGGUUUCCACGUCGGCGGUGGUAAUCGACGCCACGACCUUGUCUUGCGUGGUGCCGCCCCUUCCCUUGCGCGACCAAGUAGUCGUCGAAGUCUCUUUCAAUGGCCAGAACUUCCACCGACUGCCGUACCCGUUGAAGCUGUACCCGUCGAUUCAGGUGCAAUCCGUCGAGCCGAGUACGAUAUUUUGGAACACAUCAACGACGGUUUUGGUCUCCGGUCGAGGCAUGCUCAACACGCCCGCUUUAAGCUGUCGACUGGGAGCAAAUGCCAUCACGGCGGGUCGAUAUGUGUCUAGCACCAAGGUCGCGUGUCCAGUUCAAAGUAUCGGGUCGGCUUCGACAUUGUUCUUGGCAGUAUCCAACAACGGGGUGGACUUUGCAGAGCCUACCCUCGCCUUAUACUUUCACCCGCAGCCAACCUUGACUGGAAUCAAUCCAGCCUAUGGCCCGGUGGCCGGUCGAACGCUGGUAGAAAUACAAGGACUCAACUUUGUGACCUCUGGUUUGACGGUGCAGUGUGUGUUCGGCAACUCGACCGUGGCUGCCGCCGUCUCGAAAUCGUCCACGUCCGUGCUGUGCUUAUCCCCGGCCGCCCCCGCCCCUCAAAUCGCUCUGGUGGGACUUCAAUUUGGGAUUACAUUGACAACAGAAUCCAUCCGAUUCGAGUAUAUUCCAACGGCUUCCGUGGUAUCGCUUUCUCCUGUUAAAGUACCCUUGGGCGUUCCCACUAGGGUUAAUCUGGUGGGAGUCCACUUGCAAGGGCCGCUGCAGUGCGAGUUCUUCCAGACUGAUUCGACCACUGCUGUUCAUGCCGUGGUUGUUUCUGCGGUGAUUUCUUCCUCCACAUCGAUCCACUGCACGGCUACACUGUUCACACCCGGUGUGUACUCAGUUCACGUUGGAGCUAUGGGGCAGCCGUCGGCCAGGUCCGACAAAGGAGGCUUGUUGAUCACCGUACACCCAACUCCGGUGGUUCAGCGUGUAUCGCCGUUGGUUUCCGUUGAACUUGGCGGUGGCAAUGUCGUUGUGACGGGAUUCAAUUUCAGUGCGUUCGACGCCAUGUCGUGUUUGUUUGGGGCCCAACCUGUGGUAGCUACGUUUCAAAGCUCCACGCAACUGAAAUGUGUCGUCCCAGCGUCGCUCGCUCGUCGCCCACUGACACUUUCCAUCUCGAUCAACCACGUCAUUCUGUACAAAACGCCUUUCUCAAUCAUACCAACCAUGAUUCUCGAUGCUGUCGACACGCAGUUGUUGCUGUCUGUGGGAAAUCCCGUCCAAGUCAUACUGACUGGACGCCAUUUAGUGCCGAAUGUGACCUGCGUCGUGAUGACUUCAACCAACACCCUCGAAGAAGAAACACUCGCCUUGUUUUACUCGUCCGAGUCCAUUGGUUGCAUCGUGCAAGCACAGGUCCCAGGCCAGCGUUUUCUCACUCUCAAGCUGUACGAUGCCAUUGCGACAACCAGUCCGACCGUGGCGCUUGAGUUUGUGGCCGUUCCAGCCAUCGUUGCUAUAUCCCCACACUCUAGUGACAUUCGCGGCGGGUCAUCUAUCGCAGUGACCGGGCGUGGAUUCCACGACGGUGCUUCCCUUUCCUGCCACUUUGGCCUUGUCCAGUCUAGGGCAGUCUUUCUCACGCCUACCCGCAUCGUGUGCAUGACUCCUCGGGUCUCAGUCCCCUCCCAAGUGCUGCUCACCGUGUCGAAUGUGGGGGGAAAUGUGUCCAGCGGUCCAGUGGCGUUUUCAUUCGAGUCCCCCGUCAUCGCCUUGUCGAUCCAUCCGUCAUUCGGGUCGGUUCUCGGCGGCGUCAUCGUCCGCGUACUUGUGGCCGAGACUGCCCUGGACGACCGUUCCAGCAGUGUGCGGUGCUGGUUUGGCAGCGUGUCCUCCAUAGCCACGCGUGUCCAAUCCAACGUAUUCCAAUGCAUCGCUCCUUCCACCGUCCGGCCAGCCAAAGUUCUGUUUCACUUGCGCUCGGAGCAGCAGUCUGUAGUCCACCCCCCCAUAUAUUUUACCUACGUGGAACCUGUCCAGGUUGUGAAUGUCACGCCCGCGAGUGGACCAGUGGAAGGGGCCACGGCCGUUCGAGUUCUCUUAGUGGCGCCAGUCCUCAUGCCAGCGUCGGACUUGUCGAUUCAGUGCGCGUUUGGAAACCAACCAGUUCCUGGACUUCUAGUAUCCCCCACCGCAAUUCAAUGUGUGACGCCGCCGUCCGUGUCGCAGCAAUCCAAUGUGUCUGUGGCGGUGACUGUCAACGGCCAAGAGUUUUCACUGUCUAGCGAGUCGGCUACCACGUUUGAGUAUCAAAAGACACUGCAAGUGGACUCUGUCGUGCCGACGCUGGGCUCUCCAGGCACGUCGAUCCGUGUCCUGGGCACGAAUUUGAAGUCCCCCAGCAUUUGCCACUUUGGCGACGCCAGGCCGUCCACCCCAGCGCGCUUUGUGUCGUCGAACGAAGUGGUCUGUGAGCUGCCAACCAUGGUAUCUUUUACAACAACAACAACGGUGGCAGUCGACGUGGUGCUCACGCUCGAGUAUGCCACGGGCGUAUACUCCAACAGCAAGCUAUUCAAGGUCUUCCCUCCAUUGAGCCUAACCUCGUUGUCUCCGUCACGUGUUUUCGAGAGCGGCGGGGCUCGUAUCAUGCUUCAAGGUCUGGGGUUCCUCGAUGUCCCUCAACUGGGCUGCCUCUUCGGUCGAUCGGCUGUCAUCGUACCUGCGUUGUGGGUGUCCAAAUACUUGGUGGAAUGCGUGGUACCCCCGUUAGAACCCGGCAAUGUGUCGGUGGCAGUCACUCAAAACGGCAUCGACCGUUACAUCGUGCCCAUGUCCUUGUCGGUUUCGCCCGCCCUGACCAUCUCUUCCAUUAGCCCAAUUCAUGCAUUAGUGUCUUAUCCAACUACCAUCACAGUGCUUGGAACUGGCUUUGAACCGUCUGUGCGAUGUCGUUUUGGAGAUGUAAUUGUGGUGCCAACCGAGUACACCAACCGAAACACUGUCACAUGCGCGGCACCUCCAUCGCAGACAAGUGUGCCGUUUCAAGUGACAAACAACGGACUCGACUUCGCCGGCGAUCGCUUGUGGGUGUCCCACGACGUCCAAGUCGACAUCUCGGACGUGUCUCCGUCGUCCGGCCCCGUCAACACCACCACCACCCGCUUAUGGAUUCGAGGCACAUUUACGAAUAUGGACCAACUGCACUGCCAACUUGGGGACAUGACCACUCUAGCACACAUUGCCAACACUACGCACGUCGAAUGUCUCGUGCCCUCAGUCACGACAAGCCAAGUAGUGCCGAUUACGCUUCUAGCGCUUGGGAUGUCGAUUCCGUCGACUUGGACGUUCUCGUAUUACGCCCCACCCGCCGUUGAAUCUAUGGAGCCGUCCACGCUCUUCCGUCCGUCCACGGCAGUGACUGUCCGAGGUCUGAACUUUCUUCCGGGGGCUGUUUGUCGAUUUGGAGCUGUCAUCACCGGUGCUAGCGUGUACCACAGCUCGAAAGUAAUUGAAUGCCCCAGUCCACAGGUACAUGCUCGUGGGUACGUCGUAGUUGAAGUGAGCAACAACGGCGUCGACUUUACCUCGCAAGGCCUCACGGUGCGCUUCGAAAGCCAGCUGAGCGUGGUGGCCAUCUCCCCGCCGUACGCUAUACAUACGGGUGGGUCCUCUUUGAUGGUCAUCGGCACGGGGUUUCCGGCAUUCUUGUACUGUCGUUUUGGCACUACCUACCAAGUGGGUACUGUUCUCAACACUACGCACUGCAUGUGCACUACCCCCCCACUACCCCCAAACCAAGUCGUCGUGUUGGAGCUCAGUACGGGCGACGAAGGCACGACGAAUCAAGUGACGUUUUGGUCCAUGUUGCCUCCGAAUCCUAUUCGGGUGGAUCCUUCACAUGGCUCGACUGUCGGCAACACACUUUUGACUGUCCACGGCACUGCCUUUAGCAUCGACUCGAUGGAAUGCUGCUUCAAUCGUACGACAUGUGUGCCCGCCGCCGUGUUGAGCGAUACGCUUCUGACAUGUGUGACCCCCCCGUUCAACACGACAACCAACGGCCCCGUCUUAAUCACGUUGCGGGCGCCAGACAGUCAAGUGGCGUCCCUGCGUUCGGUCGAGUACUUUGUUCACAUUCCACUGACAUUGGCUCGGUUCGUUCCGACCAGAGUUCCCGAGCAGGGCCACACGGUGGUGACAGUCUCGGGCGCUCACUUUUCCCCGACUCUCGACCUCUUCUGCGUCUUCGGGACUGAGUUUGUGGCAGCUACCUUUGUGAACUUCGACACGAUCGAGUGUGUAAGUCCGCCCCACGCCCCUGGAUCUGUCUCCCUUGGAGUGAGCGCCAACGGCAAAGACAUCGUUUCAUUUGAUGCAGUUCUAGAGUACCAUCAAAGUGGGAGUGUGACUGCAAUUACGCCAACGACUGGACCGGUGGACGGAAACUCGGUCGUGGUUGCCGUCGUGUCGUCCAACAACCUACUGUCGUCUGCUGUCUUUUGUAAAUUUGGAUCCGUCGAAGUCCGCGCCGCCGCCAUCAAUGCCUCGGCGGUGUCUUGCUUGUCGCCACGUGCGCGCACUUGCGGUGCGGUCUCGUUUUCCCUUGUCCAACGAGCCAAGAAUUCCGUGUCAGUCGAAUUUGUCUCUGCCAUGCCAUACACCUACGAAGACCCACCGACUCUCGUGAGCAUGUUUCCCAACACGGGCUCCACCGCCGCCCCGACGGUUGUGACGCUGACGGGCUCGGGGUUCCACGCCCACACGACGUUCAUUCGUUUUGGAAACAUCGUCGCAGCUUGCAUGGAAGCGACGAAUACCUCAACAUGCACAGUGCAAUUGCCUCGGCAUGGCAUUGAAACAACGCAAGGAGAUGGCGGCGGCGUCGUAACUGUGGACGCGACCAACAACAACCAGGACUUUUCGACCCCGCUGCUGUUCCUGUACACCCCACGAGUCGCGGUGAUGGCGGUGGCCCCUUCCGUCACGCACGGACCCACUUUGGUGACCGUAUCCGGAGUUCACUUUGUCGACACGAUUCCAAACGCUUUGCGCUGUCGCAUAGGCGGACACGUGGUGGUCCCAGCGACGUUCGUCUCUGCCACGUCCGUGCAAUGCCUCAUUCCGACGCUUUCAGGCGGAAAUUAUAACGUCGAAGUGUCUGUGAACGGUCAAGACUUCACCAACGACUCGGUGCAGAUAUUGGUCAAAGACCCGGUGGAGAUAUAUACAGUGCAACCACCCUUUGGCUCGACCCAAGGCCGAACCGUGGUGACAAUGACCACAAACUCAGUUCUGGACACUUCCGUCGACUUGUUCUGUGCGUUUGGCGAUGGAUUAGUGUCCACCUUGACCGUUCUAAACGCAUCGACGGCGUCCUGUGUGGCUCCCCCCACGGCAGCUGUCGGGACGGUGCCGUUGAGUGUUGUGCAGUCGAGUGUAGAGCUGACUACAGUCAUGCCACCCACAUCCUUCACGUCGAUCUCCAGCAUCACUCACUCGUACACGUAUAUCCGACCAGUGGAAGCAACGUCCCUGUUUCCGUCGUUUGGGUUCCAACAAGGCGGGACGGUGGUGUCGAUGGCUGGCGACGGCUUCGUCAACACCGCCCAGGCCAGCUGUGUCUUUGGCAAUACGUCGGUCCCUGCGGUCGUCCUGUCCUCGGACCUGUUGCGCUGCGUGGCGCCUCCAUUUCAUCACUCACCUGAAGAAGUGGUGGAAGUGAUGGUAACUAUGAAUGGAGUCGAUAUAACGCGCACCAAUCUCUGGUUUCGCUACGUCCGUGACGUGGCCUUGUCCAGCAUCACGCCUUCGAAAUCCACUCUAGCGGGCGGCAGUCUCGUGGACAUUCGGGGCGCUGGCUUUGACCACCUUAGCAACUUGACGUGCGUAUUUGGAGCCAAUCGUCACGUUAGUGCGACAGUGAUAUCUCGUCAAUCGCUGUCUUGCGUGGUGCCGCCAGUGUCUGCGGAAGGCACGGUGGUGGUUCGAGUGGCCAUGAAUAUGCACGAUGUGUCCGUGGAUGGUCUGCGCUUCGACUACCAGAUCCCAGCGCUUCUGUACAGUAUCGCACCCACAGUGGGCCCGCACAUAGGACAUACUAAAGUGCUGGUCACGGGCGAAGGCUUUACCCCUGGCUUGCAAUGCGCAUUUGGCGCCAUAUUGGUCAACUCUACGUUCCUGACAUCGCGAACGCUGUCGUGCGUGGCGCCGCCGCUGUCGAUCGAGGUCGACGUGGUGGAGUUCUCGUUGCAAGAUCCACACGUUGUAAGCAGUCAAACCACGUCCCUGCCGUACUAUGUGGUAGUCCUGCCAGACAUUGUGAGUGUCCAGCCAUCGUCUGGCCCCGUCACUGGCAACACCACUGUGGUGCUGACGAUGGAUGGAAGCUGGGGGUUCCAAGCCGACGUGUUCUGCCAGUUUUGUGCAUCUGUGGUCCGCGGAGAGUUUGUGGAAUCGACUCGAGUGGUGUGUCGCCCCGGAGCACAGCCGACGGCGGUGGAGUGCCCCGUCAGCAUCUCCCCCAACGGAAUCGACUUCACCGAUCCAACGUGGACGUUUUCGUUCUACGACCUUCCGUCCGUCAAGACUUUGGUUCCCGCGAGAGGCCAAAGCGGGACACGAAUCACAGUUCGCGGCUCCAACUUUUCGAACGUUCCAAAUCUGCAGUGUAAAGUGGGCACGACGGUUGUGCGUGCCGCCUACGUAUCCCAAGAUGAAUUGACUUGUGUAGCACCACCAAUCUCCAGCAACAAUAACUACACUACUCUACAAGAUAUCCAAUUGAUAUCGAUCACUGGCCCUAUCCCCCAGCCCACCAUCCAAACCAUCACAACCACAGCGGCCCCAGCAGUGAGCGAAGUUCAAGUGGUGACGACUUCUGGCUGGGCCAAUCGGGCACAGGUCCAAACCAUCGCGCCAAUCUUGUCGCCUGUGCAAUCGAACGUGGUGCAGAUCACCACAUCGAGCAAUUACCAGCCUGAGAUUCAGUGGUUGCAGUUCAAAUUGAACCCCCAAUUGCCCGAGGUCCAGGCGAUUACAAGCACUGGCACCACGGGGGGUUCGUUCACCGUGCAAUUGUUUGGAGUUGGUGCUGUGAUUGGGUACCAGGAUGCGGCCGCGACCGUCCAGGUCACGCUCCAAACAGCAGCCGUGGGCCAUUCGUUCUCGGUCACUCGAAGCGCCGUGGCGAACGGCGGAUACACGUGGUUGAUCACAUUCACGUCGGACGUGGGGGCGCUGCCGAUGAUUCAAGUGACCUCGACUGGAUCUCUUCUUGGCACGUCGCCCGCGGUUUCCGUGCUUCGAAAUCGAGCUGGAACAGUCGCGGAAACCCAAACGAUCAGUGUGUACGGCACGGUCUUUUCCAGUGGACCUGCCAUCUCCAUGGAUGUGUCGUACGCGGGGGUGACGGUGGUACAAGGUAUCGCACUUCCGGUCACAGCGUCCGCCUUGGCCACUGCUCUGAACGCCGUGGGGAGAUUGGGCUCUGUCUCGGUGGCCCGUCGAAACAGUGCAUAUGUUGCCUUUAGUGGAGCAGCAUCGCCGCUCGAAUUGUUUCAGUACGACAUCACCUUCUUGUCCAAAUCAACUCUGGGUUCCCUCUUGCAAGUGCGCCUUCAGUCGUAUGUGGGUCUGUGCGCCGUAGCCCGAAGUGUCGUGGGUACGACGCCAGCUCCCGCGGGGACGUUUACGCUGAGCUUGGGAAGCAGCACCACGGCGCCACUGGCUUGGGACACGUCCGCGUACAACCUCAAGCUAGCGUUGCAAUCUCUCCCGGGUGUGGACGUGGCCAUGGUGUCCGACCUGCUUCCCGCAGUUUCCACCAACGUGCGAACGUUAAAGCUCGUGUUUUCACCUUUGACGGGCAACAUGGCGCCCCUUGUUGUGCAGUUCAAUUCCGCAACCAAUACUGGAAUCUAUGGAGAUAAAUCGAGCAUGUUGUCGACGGGAUUGACUGCGACUGUUCUAGCAGUGCAAGAUGGAGCCUACUUGGGAGGCAUGUUCAAGCUAACGCACCCGAUUACUGGAGCGUCUCUUACCGCAGUCACCAACAUUCCGUGCGGCACCUUGACCUCGUUAGUAGGCGCCACGUCUUGCUUGAUCGAAGGGCCUGGCAUCAGCGGCGAGUAUCGGUGGACGCUGUCGUUUGCAUCGAUCGUGGUUCCGAUUACAGUGUCGAGCGUGGGGAUGACUGGGGCGGCGCCUUUGGUUCAACUGACCAAGUUCACGCCUCAAGCAACUGCCAAAGUCCAAACGAUUUCGAUUUCAAACACCCACGUCUCGACCAUCCAACGGCUUCGUGUGUCAGGGGUAGGCGCGGUGUGGGAAGUCCAGAGCAUCACGAUGAUGGCUCAAGGGGGGACACUUCAAGGAGUGUUUUCCAUUCGAUUCGGCGCGGUCAACUCUGGAAACUUGACGGCCAAUGCGUCGGCAGUCGACGUCCAAACCGAGUUGGCGCGACUGGCUCAAAGUGUGGCCGUAACCCGACAAAGUGUUGUUAGCGGCAGCUCAACCGGGUUCACAUGGCUCGUGACGUUUUACCAAAGCGGCGACAUACCCGACUUGGUGGUGACGUCCACCAAUUUGGUGGGAACGGGUCUGUCUGUGCAAGUGCUAGAGGUUGUCAAGGGUAUUCCCUGUGAAGUUCAACGGGUAGUGCUGUCGAUUCCCGAUCGAACCAGUGUGACUGGAACGUUUCGGCUUGGGUUAAUGGGGGCCACGACAAGUGCGCUGUCGUACGUGGCUACCGCAGCGCAAGUCCAGCUGGCGUUGCAAACCGCGCUGAAUGUGGCUGUGAAUGUAUCGCUGACUCGUCCAAACUCUCAAAAUGGAAGCACUUGGACGAUAUCAUUCCCAAUGCACGCGGGCAAUAUCAACGCCAUGACCGUCGACACUUCCGCCCUUGUGUCGACUCCGACCUCCACUCCAGCCACAAUCAAAGUGCUAGAAGUGCAGCCAGGCAUGACCGUGCCAAUGCUGGGCUCGUUUGCAGUCACAUUCCAAGGACAAACAGCCAUAAUCCCCCUCACCACAACCGUUGCGGCCCUGUCGACAUCGCUGAACGGAAUUGUGUCUGGAGGAGUGACAGUUACUUCGACUGUUGUCGACAAAACUGGCGGUGGGGUGUGGGACAUAACGUUUACGGCGCUGGGGGUCCAGCCAUUGCUCGCAGUCGACCUGGCGCUGGUUCGAGGCGGGACCAGUCCGACCGCCUCUGUCGCAACCGUCCGAUCUGGCACCCAGUACGACCUUCAAGUCGUGUCCACUGCGUCUGUGACAUCGGGGACGUUUUUUCUGGCUUACGGGUCACUGGAAACACCCAAUUUGGCAUUCAACGCGUUAGAUUCCGACGUUCAGUCAGCUGUCAACGGAUUGCUCCCGGUGGGGUCGUCCGUCGUGGUCACGCGGGUGCUGACUGGCACGAAUACAUACAACUGGACCAUCACAUUCCAAGCCCUCAAUUCCGUCGUGCUCGUGGCUGGCGGGGUCAAUCUAGUCGGUCAAGUGACUGUCUCUCGUCUGCCGCCGUCGCCGUUAACACCUGUCCAAGGGGGGUUCACCUUAACUUCGUCCCAGGGCCAAAGUGUCUACGUGCCAGCCACUGCGUCGGACGUGGACAUGAAGUCCAUUGUCCAAUCGUUCCCAGCAAUAGGUACGGUGUCGGUGGCUCGAUCGGGGGAUGCUUCUGUCAAUGCUUUCGUAUGGGCCAUAACGUACCUCGAAAAUGCCGGCCCCCAAAACAAUCUGACAGUCGCAUCGUUCAAUUUGACGUCGUCUGGACAGGUGGGGGUGUCGAUUGCAGUCACGCAAGAAGGCACGGCAGCAUGCUGCCUCGGAGGGUCCUUCCGACUGGCGUCUGGGGCCACGACCAUCCGGUUGCCUGGAACGGUCGCAGUGGAGCAGAAGUGGCCCAUUGCCACAACGUCCCAGGAUCUCACGGCGGUGGUCCGGCGCGGGGAAGUGGUCGUGAUCAACGGCAACGUUUUCACUGUGGAUAUGUUUCUACCUUUUGAUGCGACACGGUUGCCACUCAGCGCCGUCUAUCCGGGCGUGAACGAUCCAAUCGCAGUCGGGUACACUCAACCCACGACGCCGUGGCUAGACGUGACGACCACAUCGCCGUCGACGAUGCUCAGGGCUUUGACCAACCUUCCAAACAUGAAGAAUGUUCUUGUAUCGAGGUCCACCAAGAUGAUCAACAACGGCUACUCGUGGUCCGUGACGUUUGCGGGCGACACCUCCGACGCCACGCUGCUUCGCGUGACAUCCGCCUUGACGCUGGGUAGCAUCGCAUCGACCGUCACCACGCCUCGAGCACAAGGAGAAAUUCGAAUGAUUUACGUUAGUGCCAUGUCCACCAUCUCUGGCACGUUCAAGAUGAACCUGGGGGGCGUGGAUUCGCCACCUCUUGCGUGGAAUUCCACUGCCACCGAUAUGAAAGCCGCUCUGGAAAUGCUCUACACCAGUGUCAACGUCACCCGCUCGCCGCUCUUCGCCACGAGCUACAACUACCUCGGGGACGGUUACGGCUGGUUCGUCACGUUUGCAUCGGACACUGGCACUGCUCGAACUCUAACGUUCAUUCCGAUGACUCUGACAACGGCAUCGUCCACCGCGGCAGUGGUGAAUUGGAUAUUGGUCACACCGGGGACUUCCACUCCUUUAUCCGGCACGUUCCAGUUGAGUUAUCUUGGGUACUCCACGACGUCGCUCGCGUUCAACGAAGGCGCGUCGUCCGUUCAAUCGGCGCUCAACCUCCUCCCGUCGGUCGGGAAUGUUGCGGUUACUCGAUCGGUAGCGGAUCCAAAUAUGGGGUACUCGUGGUCAAUCACGUUUUUGCCGAAUCCAGCCAAAGCCAAUGUCCAACAGCGGGGAGAUUUCCAACCGCUGGGGUAUAUGUCCGCCUUGAGCGGCACGGCGGCAUCGAUUUCCAUCACAGAGUUCAUGAAGGGAUCGUUUCUAGACGGCUCGUUUGCCUUGAUCUCUGGGUCCCAAGUCACCAGUCCCAUCGCGUACAACGCAGCCGCAGAUGUGGUUCAGAACGCCCUCCAAACGUCAUUUGAUUGGGCGACGUCGGUGGCGGUGACCAGGACGAGCGUGAACGCGGCCGGGGGGUACACGUAUGCGUUGACGUUUCCCGCGGGACUCGGCGUCGUCGAGUUGCUUGGGGUUGACACGACCCUGCUGCUCGGCACGCAAGCCGCGGUCACAGUCCAAACCACCCAGCCAGGGGUGAAUCCCGUCUCGGGGGUGUUCACACUCGACUUUAACGGGGCGGUCACGUCGCCAUUGGCAUUCAAUGCGACGUCCGUUCAACUGCAGACCGCCCUGGAAACUCUCCCAACCAUUGCAAAUGUGGACGUCACCCAGACGCAAAGUAGUGGGGGGAACGGCAAUUCGUGGCAAGUGACGUUCUUGUCCACCAGUGGUGCGCCUUUGAAUGUAGGGGACUUGCCCCUUCUCGGCUUGAACCCUGUUCGAUUGCAUGGCACUCAAAUCGUUGCGAAUGUGACCAAGGUCCAAAGCGCCGUCACCGCCUUGUCAGUGUCUGUGAAUGGCCAGGACUGGACAUCAGACAACGUCGGCUUUCGAUAUGAUAGCGACAUGCUGGUACAGCAAGUAUCCCCUGCGUUGGGUCCAGUCACUGGAGGCACCCGCGUGGUGCUGCGAGGAUUUCGCUUUGUCAACAUGACCAUGUGGUGCUUGUUUGGCAAUGCCACCACGGGUGUCGAGUACAUCAGCGCCACCUCCGUCGUCUGUUCGAGUCCGCCGCAGGGCUCUUCGACGUCUGUCUUUGUCAAACUUCUGUCGGCGUCAUCGGCCAGUCUCAUGGAAACCAUGUCGGACUCAGUGGCCGUGUUUCACUACUACCCGACUAUAUCGUUCACGACAAUGACUCCUGCGUUCGGAUCGAGCUCGAUGGCAACACAUGUCCGCAUUGAAGGCGCCUACUUUGUCAAUACAUCGCGGUUGACAUGCAGAUACACCACGUACAUUCCGUCCCUUGCCACGCAUGUGCAUCAGUCCGUACUGGCCACGUUCGUCUCGUCCACAGAGAUCGGGUGUAUCGUGCCAUCGCUCAAGAGCAGCUUUCCCAAAUCAGGGUCAACUUGGGCCAAUCACGUGGCCGCGUCCUCCACGGCCGUCGAAGUGUCCAAUAACGGACAAGACUACUCGGUCCAUCCCACCAACUUUACGACCCUCCCCGACUUCCAAGCGUCGGCAUUGGCUCCAACCACUGGACCGUUGGGUGGAGGCACCGUAUCUACAAUCACACUGAGUCCGGUGCGGUGCGACACAAAUUUAGUGGCUUGUCGCUUUGGCAAUCAUGUUCCUACGCCGGCGACGACGUGCACGAGGGACGGCACCGUCACGUGUGUUGUGCCACGUCAUCGCCCAGAACCGUCCAUUUACCAGCUGAAAGUGAACUCGAGUGCGCUCGUGGGCGAAGUGCAGACUGUGACUGUAGCGGCGACUAAUAUUGCUCUGCUUUCUGGAUCGUUUCAACUGCGCUACCAGGGAUUAACGACCGACCCCGUUGCGUUCAACGCAGCGGCGUCGACGGUGCAGAGCGCCAUCAACAGCGCCAUGUCCCCAUUGGUUGUUGUAACUGCCGCCACUCGGUCGACCUUGUCCAAUGGAUAUACGUGGACGCUAACGUUUUCGCUGGAAAGUGGAAACAUCGGAGUAUUGCAAUCUGACAUGUUUGCGUUGGAAGGGCCCGGGUCGGCCGUGACUGUGGCAACCGUUCAAGAUGGACCUACUGGCACCGUCGUCAAGGAAGUCCAGCAGAUCAAGUUUACGCAGCCUCCAUUGGUCAACGAAGUGCAGAUUGUAAACGUGUCCUGGGCUCCCAUCGUGCUCGAAGUGCAGCGGAUAAGUCUCACGGCGGCUGUCGUGAUGACCGGAUCGUUCACAUUGAGCUACAACAGUCUCAGCACUUCGUCGUUGCCGUUUAAUGCGGAGGCUGUGGCGGUGCAAUCCGCACUGCAGGGUGUGGUGGGGGUCGGUUCUGUGAACGUCACCCGGACGCAUGCGUUGAAUACGCGAGGAUUUGUAUGGGAUGUGACGUUCUUGACUUCGUCUGCGGGCCCUAGACCAGACCUCACCGUGAACAAAGCCAAUAUUGUUCCGUCGGCAUCGGUGACGUUGACGCAGUCCAAGCUCAUUGCCGGCACGUCCCCAUUGUCUGGGACUUUUGUAUUGAGCUAUUUGGGGUUUCCCACGACUUCGUUGGCGGUCGACAUCUCCGCGGCAGCCCUUCAAACCCAACUCGCGACGAUACUGCCGCCAAUUGUAGCGGUGACGAAAUCGUUUGCUGCUACUUGUACGGUAUGGCGCAUUACAUUUGGACUAACGACAGCCGCGCCGUCGCUCGUGGUCGCCAACGGCAGUGGGUUGUCCGGUUCUGGUGCAUCUGUGACAACCCGUCAGGACGUUCCCGGGGGGGUUUUGAUGGGCGGGACCUUCAAAGUAGCGUACAACAGCGUCUCCACCGCAGCCAUUCCGCUGUCCGCCACCGCGUUGGCAACCGCCCUGGCCCCCAUCGCCCCCCCGUUUACCAUAUCAAGUGUCAGCACUACGUUUUCAAUCGAGUUCAACAUCACCUUUGCAGCCACGGCUGGGAACGUGCCUUUGCUUGUCGUGGAUGCAUCGACGGUCACUGGCACCACCGUCACAACCAACGUCACGACCGUUCAAAGUGGAUCGUACGCUCCUUUGGGUGGUUCUUUUCAGCUGACAUGGAACAAAACACAAUCCAGUGGACCCAUCGCCUUCAACGCUGCCAAUUCAACGAUUGCGGCGGCCUUGCAGUUGCUCCCAGGCGUUGGCACGGUCACGGUGGGUCCUCGACUGUCGUUGGUAUCGGGGUACCAGUGGCAGGUCACGUUUAUGGACUCGUGGAAGAUGGCCAACGCUUCCAACUUGCGGAAUUUGGAGCUGCAGGGAGGACUUCUCACUGGAACGAACGCCACGAUGACGUGGACUCCGAUCGUGGAUUCGUUGGGGGUCAAAGUGCCCCUGUUUAUAACGACAAACGGCCAGGCUUUUGUCGAUACCUCGCUCAUGUUUACGUACCACGACGAGAUUGUCCUGGACUCGAUGGAUCCCCUCAACGGCCCUGUCGACGGCAGCACCACCGUCACAAUAACGCUAGCCCCUCAAAGCAUGACCUUGUCUUUGAACCAGUCCGUGUAUUGUCGAUUUGGUGUGUCGAUUGUCACUGGAAGUGUGCUAAAUGCCACUCGACUCGAGUGUAUCUCGCCGGAAGUGUCCGAUGCAGGAGAUGUAUCUGUGGAAAUCAGCGUCAACGGCAUGGAUUUCAGUUCCACGGGGUUGAUGUUUCAGUACCGAUGGCAGCUGCAGUUGGUGUCAGUAUCCCCCUUAAGGGGUCCAAUUGCAGGGGGAACGCUGCUGUCGGUGGCCAUGGCGGCGGCGGUCAGUCCCCUGGAUGUGUUCGCGUGCAUCAUUGGUGGCCAAGUGGUCCCGGCCGAGCAGGUGAAUGCCAGUCACGUAUUUUGUCGGACGCCGCCCCUCGCAGUCGGCUCGGCCGUUCGUCGCGUGGCGGUUGAGAUCACGUACAACCACCAAAUUUACUCCACUAGCGACCUCCAAUUCACAUAUACUGACCCGUUGUACUUGACGGGAGUGACGCCGGCGUGGGGACCGGCUACCGGUGGAACAACUGUUAAAGUACGAGGUGGAGACUUCGACCUUGCACAGUCGGCAUGGUGUCGAUUUGGAGAGAAAGUCGUGGAUGGGUUGGUAGAUUCGCCAGAGUAUAUCGCCUGCCAGACGCCACAGUUUGAUCCGGUCGGCCAAGUGCAGCGCAUCACGACGACUGCGUCGGGGUACGUGCCUGAUGUGCAAGAUGUAGUGGUGUCUGCUGCCCCGGACCAGCCCCUCGUGCAAGUCGUGACCACAUCCGGGGCCACCCCCUUGAUUGAAACGCAAGUGCUUUCAAUCUCGGGGCAAAAUGUUCCAGAAAUUCAAGUCGUGCAACCCACAGUGGACACGCUCAGCUCUGAAAUCCGCACCAUCUCCACCACAGUCGCCGCGACCGUGACCGAAGUCAAGACGAUUCAGGUUGACGCGACGCCGAUUCACGAAGUCCAGCAAAUCACUGUUACAGUCAACACUGCCGCUUUAACUCCAAGCCAAUUCGAAGUCCAAGCGUUGUGGAUGCCCAUCUCGCCCACUGAAACCGGCUCGUUCACGUUGGAAUUCCAGGGCGCCAAGACUCCUGCGAUACUGUACAACUCACCACUGGCCCAGCUCCAAGCAGCGUUGGAAGCAUUGGAUACGGUUGGCACGUUGCGCAUCACGACGUCCAUCCAAACUGGCUACAAUGUAUGGGCGAUCACGUUCUUGCAGAACACGGGCCUGCUGCCGUUGCUGGUAGUGGACUCGUCAUCGCUGGUUGUUGUGGUGCCGGCGCUGGUGUCGGUCCAGUCUGUUCAAGUGACUAGCACAGCCGCGUUAGGUGGGUCGUUCGCGGUGAGCUACAACGGCCAGUCGACUGUGGACAUCCCGGUCUGGUCGUCGGCGACUGACGUGCAGGCAGCCAUUCAAGCGCUUCCAACCGUUCAAAACCCCGUUCUGGUCACGCGAACCGACUUGGAUUGCAACGGCGGAGCGAGUUGGAUCGUGACGUUCGUGUCGACUUCAGCUGCCAACGGAAACAUUCCGACUAUGACGAUGCAGGGCGCAAAGGUCACGGGCACGUUGUCGCAGAGCAGUGUCAGUCCAGUGACCGACAGCAACGCUGUAGGCGGGUCGUUCAAGCUGUCUUUCCAGGGCACGUUGUCUCCGACGUUGUAUCUAACGACAACCGAAACCGCCAUGGCGGCUGCCGUGCAAACCCUCACGCAAGUGCCCGUGGCGUCCGUGACCCGACGAGGACCCACCGCCGUGAACGGGUACUCUUGGCAGGUUACAUUUGGCGGAGCUCCGUCUUUGAUUCCAGAUAUUCUUGGCGUGAGUUUCUUGACAGGCAUCGGAGCAACUGUUCGAGCAACGACCACGCGAGUAGCCCAAGUGCUCGAGAUCCAGCAACUCACGUUGGCAGCCAGUUCAUUUAUCGGCGGGUCGUUUAGGCUCCAGGUUGGAUCUCAGCAGACGCUGCCGCUCCCGUCGGAUGCGUCUGCUACCGCCGUGCAAAAUGCACUGAACGCGCUCGUGAACUUUGGAACGUUCGCCGUGUCCAAGUCUGCCGUCAUAGACGUGUACGGGAGCUGCUCGUGGCAGAUUACGUUUCUGACUUUGGCGGGGAAUCAAAACAUGAUUCAAGUGCUUCCGACAACUCUGGCCGGAAAACCCAGUUUGUUUGACUCUGGAAGCCGCGAUGUCCGUCUUGUGAUGACCGAACUUCAAGCGGGCGUGGGGGGUCCCCUCGCCGGGACGUUCCGACUGUCUGUCGACGGCUCAGUCUUGUCCGAUCCGAUCUCGUACGACGCCACCGCAAGUGAAGUGCAGCGAGUUUUGCAAGCGAUUGAACCGGUACAAGUGUCCACUUCUGGUGUGUUUGGCCUCAACAAUAUCAUGACGUGGUCCGUCACGUUCACAACGCCCAAACCCACUGGUCGGAUCCUGACUGCGGUGACGACUGGGCUGACCCCUGGGAGUGCCAGCGUUGUGUUUGGAACUACUCGCCCUGGUGUGGUUCAGGAGAUUCGCCGCAUCACAACGACGCUCACGUCUGGUGCGUUUGUGUGUACUUUUGCCUCCAAAACCUCGGGCUCCAUUCCGUUCAACGCGAAUUCGACUGUCUUUGGCACGGCCUUGUCUGCAAUCGCUGAACUGGGCACCCUGGACGUAUCAGGCACGAACCCGUGGCUCGUGACGUUCACUCAACUCUCGGCACCUAUCCCCGUGCUCAGUUGUGGACCAACGCAAGGCGUGACCACUGUCCAGACAAGCACGAGCUCUGCGCUGUCGGGAACGUUCAAGUUGGGCUUUAACAACGUGUGGACGACGGCGUUGGCGCCGAAUGCUUCAGCGUUAACCGUACAAAAUGCGAUCAAUGCCGUCAUGGGCGCAGACUCCGUGACAGUCAGCGGGGCAUCUGUCGUGUUAAACAACGGGCAGCGGUGGGACGUGACGUUCACCAACAAACCAGGCACGUGGCCACUCUUGACCAUCGACAAAACUCUCUUAGUGGGCACGAAUGCCGCCGUUCAAGUGACCCGCAAAGUCACUGGAAACCAAGUGGUUGGCACGUUUCAGGUAGCGGUGAAUGGUCGCACGACUGUGCCGUUGACGCCUCAAGCGACCGCCGGUGACUUGAUGGCGGCGCUGCAGAGCGCGUUAAGCUGCCGCGCAUGUACAUCCGUGGUGCGAUCACCUCCGUUGAGUGCGGGGGGGUACGCCUGGACGGUACAAUUUCGGCUGUAUGACGCCUUCCUGCAGACGUUUUCGACUCAACUCGACCCUUCUACCAAUCCGAUUUCAGUGGUUCAGUCGACCCUGAAUUGCACCGGGUUGUCAGUACAAGUCACGCCCACUAUAACUGGAUCGAGUCCCAUCAGCGGAUCGUUCGUCCUCCGGUAUCGAGAUCAGCCGACGGUGCCGAUUCCGUGGGACGCCACACCGGAAACCGUGUUGCUGGCUGUGCAGCACAUCAAGUCGAUUCCGAAAGGAUUGUUUCAAGUGACCCGGAGUGGCCCCUUUGUCACGGGGGGGAUGCAGUGGCGCAUCACGUUCCCGUUCAAUAUUCCGUACCCGUCGGAAGUGUUCAAACCAGUUUCAUUUUUAGCCGGGUCCAAUCCUGGCAUUGCUGUCACGGUGGGCACCCCCCAGACGAUUCCAGUGCAAGGAACGUUCGCCCUCCAAUUUCAAAGCCAGGUGACGUCGCCUAUUGCGUUCAAUGCCAACGCAUCCGACAUGGCCACUGCGUUGCAGCGCCUGUCGAGUUUGAGUGGUGGCGUGACCGUCACGACACUUCACUCGCCAUGGCUGAACACGUUCAAGUGGCAGGUGUCGUUCACAUCGCUGGCCAACGCGGGUCCGAUGGCUUUGCUCUCCUCGCCCAUAUUUCAAGUAAACGGAUCCACCCCUCAUAUCACGUUCGUCAAGGUUGUGAAUGGCACGAGCAAUGCACUCCAGCGAGUCACGAUCAGCGCCGCGGCGGCAACACCCACUGGAACAUUCACCCUGUCGUACUUGGGCGUGGCGUCACCAGUAGUUCUGUCUGCAUCGUGCAGUGCUCUGGAGUUUGCAAGUGCCUUGAACGCACUAUCAGCGGUGGGCAAGACGACUGUCGAGCGCACCGUCGCCUUGAACGGCCAAAUUGGCUUCACGUGGUACAUUCUGUUUACGGAUUCGUAUGUGGACAAAGUCGCCAUUGCGCUAAACACUGGCCAACUCCUGCCGACCACGGGGUUGGUGGUGUCGGUGGCGCUCGUGCCGUCCAAGACGACUCCCAUCAGUGGGUCCUUUCAAGUACAAUACGGGCAAACAUGCAUCGAUGGCAUCGACACGUCGUCCUGUGUUCCGGCAGUGACGUCCACUUUACCGUACAAUGUGGACGAGACUACCCUGCAGCACGAACUGUCGAUGCUGCCGGGCCUCUCAUCCGUCCAAGUCUCGCGUUCCGUCGCUGCCGACUACUUGAGAGGGUAUACUUGGCUCGUGUCGUUUCCAGAUACACUGGGCAAUCUGGCGCUGCUCCGGACAUCCAGUGCGCUGACAGGGUCGAAUGCGAAGGUUGAAGUCAGCGUCGAAAGGGCGGGCGUGACCUUUGACGAGUCAAAAGUGGCGGUGGCGGUAUCCCAGAACGGCCAAGACUACACUACCAUGUCCACCGUCGUGUACCAGUACGUUCAAACGAUCUUGGUGUAUUCGACCUUUCCCAACCACGGCCCCGUGUUUGGUGGUACCGAAGUGGUCGUGUAUGGCGACUACUUUACCAACUCGUCCACCUUGUAUUGCCGAUUUGGCACUACUGUGGUGUCCGCUGCAACGUAUUUCAACUCCACCACGCUCACCUGUAUCGCUCCGUCCGUCCAGUCGCCCCGCCAAGUGUUUAUAGACGUGUCCACAAACAGCAAACGAAGCAGCUACUCCAACACCACCACGGCUGCCUUCACCUACGACGCCCCAGUCUCCCUCAAGUCUGUGACCCCCACGUUGGGCCCUGCGACGGGGAAUUUCUCCGUCGAGAUCUACGGCGGCCCAUUUCCUCGCACAGACGAGUUGCGAUGUCGAUUCGGAUCGGUCGUCGUGCAGGCGUUGUGGGUCCAAACCGACGCCAUCCAGUGCACGGCGCCCACGCAGCUGCAGCCGGGGACCGUCCCGCUCGAAGUGUCGGUCAAUAACCAAGACUACACCUCCAGUCGGCAUCCAUUUUACUUUUACCCGUGCCCGACCCUCCGUCGCAUCUUCCCCGUGUUUGGCCCGGCUUUUGCCGCCGGCAGUCGCGUGGAUGUCUUCGGUACUGGCUUUGUCAACUCAUCCGGCUUGGUCUGUCGGUUUGGCGAACAUGUCCUACCGGCUUCCUUUCGAAGUCCAUUCCAACUGACGUGUCUGACGCCUCCGCUGGAUCCGUACAGCGGCGGCCUCCAACCCCUGCCCUUGUCCGAGCAGCGUCAUGCGUACCCUGAUCCAUCCACGGGCACCCGGUUGCUCUUUCCCACGGCGCGCCAUUUUCCGCUAGUGCAAGGUCGACUCGUGUCGGUGGAAAUCUCCAACAACCACCAGGACUUUACUUUCACAGGGAUCAACUACCUGUACUACCAAGACGCGACGGUUUCGGCUAUUAAACCGACCCAGUUGUACGCUGCGGCCAAUGUCGGGUUGUUUGUCCAAGGACUCAACUUCAUCAACUCGACGCUGUUGGCGUGUCGAGUCGGCGUGUCGACGGUCCCAGGAGUGUUUGUCACGUCUUGGUUGGUGCUGUGUCCGAUGCAAACUACACACAUCAAGGCGUCUCUUCCGUCUACUUCAACCGGCCACCUCCCCACGGACGACAUCCUCCCCACCUUUGCGUCGCCCCAGCUCUUGUUUGUGGAAGUCGCUAACAACGGCAUUGACUUUUCAUCCAAUCGCGUCAUGCUCGAGUACUUGGGUCAGUGUCCGACGGGGUAUUAUUGUCCUCCCGUGUCACAGGGCAGUCGGCUGGCGUGUCCUCGAGGCAGCUACUGCCCCGGCCAAGGCAACGCCAACUACACGUUGUGUCCAAGGGGAACGUACCAGCCGCUCCCGUCUCAGUCCGAAUGUCUGCGCUGUCCCAUUGGAUACCACUGUCCGCAUAUCGGGUUGCACGUGCCCCGCAUCUGUCCGGCGGGGUUUGUGUGCGAUGUCACGGGGAUCGAAACCGCCGACCAGCCGUGCCCCGUCGGUCACUUUUGUCUGGAAGGCACGGCGACGACUGCCACGACGUGCGGGCAUCGACUUGCAUCGCGCAAGCUCGGGGUCACGUACUCCCACGCCGAACGCGGCUCCACCGUCCGGAAAGGCCGCGACGGGGUGGCAUCGCAACCGAUCCUUGGGGCCCGCCAAACUGCCUGUUGGGACAACAGCACGCAAGACUUUGGGCUUCAGUUGAGCUCGUCUCCCAGUCGAUUCUGGCUCGAGCUGCAGCAGAUGCCCUUGUCCAGUUCCACGUUGGACUUUGAACCGAUUCGAGGGCGGUAUUGCAUGGACGAUGCGUGUUUGGCGGUGUCGCCUUCGCUGGACGUCAUGGACAACAUCAUUAUGGACUACCACGGACUGUUUUCACUUCGGCGUCCGGUGCCGUGUCCACGUGGAAUGUACUGCCACGCAGGCACAGCAGGCAACUCGUCUGUGCUGAAAAACUUCACGUCCCCGCAGCCGUGCUUCGAAAGCAUGUAUUGCCCGGAAGGGAGCGACAGUCCGUCCGGCCAGGGCGAUUGUCCGGGGGGGUUCUACUGCCCAUUCGGCAUCAAGAUUCCGUGUCCGGCGGGUACCUACUGUCCGACACCAGGGUCGUACGAUCCAUUGGGGUGUCCUCCGGGUACGUUCAACGCCAUGGUAGGGCAAACCCAGUGCACCCCUUGUCCCGAGGGAUACAUUUGCCCAGGCUUCAACCGCAUCCAGCCGGUGCUGUGUCCGCCGGGGUACGUAUGCUCCAAGCCCGAGCUCGCGACGCCCAACCUCCGGUGUCCGCCGGGGUACUACUGCUACGCCGGUCGAUUGACGUCGGAUCCGUUCCGCAACGAUACGACGUUGCGUCCGUACCCGUGUAAACCCGGCACGUUUUGCCUGGGCGGCGUCAUCUCGGACCUAGUCGUGACGGGCAAUUACGACUAUGCCCAAAACUGCACCGCCGGGUUUUACUGCGAACUCGCGUCCUUCUCCCCCAAAGGCAUCGGCAUGUGUCCGCCAGGGUUUUAUUGUCCCGCGGGUACGGCGGUGCCGAUACCCACGCCCAAGGGGUCGUUUGCGGCCCGCAACGGCACCGUCCAGGCGGCGCUGUGCUCUCCUAGCUUCUACGCCCCUACAAUUGAAACCGUCGAGUGUUAUCCGUGCCCGCCUGGAACGACCUGUCCGGACGACGGCACCGCCGUGGCGACCAUCUGUCCGCCGGGAACCUACCGCAGCACGUUUGAAGCGGACGGUAUCACGUGCGUGCCAUGUCCUCAGGGCACGUGGUCCAAGAAUUGGGGCCUCCGAGAGGUGGGCGAGUGCAUCUUAUGUCCGCCGGGUACCGUCUGCGCCACGGAUGGCAUGACGAAUCCGUGCUCGCAAAGCGAUCUGCCGCUGCCGUACGUCCCCACCAACCUCAACGAAAGCGUCCCCGAGUGUCUCGCGCGCGGCUCGCAGUUCUACUUUGGGGUGCUGUUAGAGCCGUGGAUCGACGACCUUGGCGUGGGGCCGCACUUUCUGCCGCACAUUUCGGGACAAUGUUACUACAACCCCCAGCCCAUGGGCAGUCCGCUGUACCUCCGGUUCACCGAGUACUUUGGCCCGCUCUUUGACAUUGCGACGGGUGCACCCCAUCAGGGGUACGGUGACGUGAGCCAGCUUCCCGUGCCUGGAUACUUUGAGCGUGGGUCGCAGUUUGUCGACCUCAUGCACUCCACAUUGUACGACCUCAAGCAAAACUGCACCCGCGGCUUCUUCUUCAAGGACAAAUGGUUCCCCGGAACUUGCGAAGCCGACGUCAUCUGCUACUCGGACAAGACCUCCCAGGCGCUGAUUUGCCCCGAGGGGUACAUUUGCAACGAAGCGACCACCGACGCCCUCGCCCUCGCGACGCCGUGCGCGCCGGGCUACGUCUGCGGCUUCGGCACCACGCCGGACGCCUACUUGCAGUCCCCCAUGGGCCAGUUCGACAUGCUGUGUCCGCGGUCCUUCUUUUGUCCCGAAGCCACGGGCAUAGGACUCAUGAAGCGCCACGCGUGCCCGGCUAACUACUUUUGCCCCACGGGUACCGUGGACCCGUACAUGGGAGCGAUCGCCAACGACGCCGAGCGCCGGCAGAUUCCGCCAGCGGACGCCGACCCGUUUCGACAUGUCGACCACGUCGCCUACCUCCGCGAAGGCGACAUCCGCGAGUUCUCCCUGCACGACAAGCGGUGCUUAGACGGCGUCGAUCCCGAGCUGCUGAAUACAUUCACCACCAACGAAUCGGGGGGCGUGGUCAACGCUGCGUUGGAGAGCCAGCUCUUGUGUGCGCGAGACAACAAGUGGCGCCACGUGUUCAAUGCAAUCCAGCGCCGCGAGUGCGACUGUGUCCACCAAGUCCAAGUCACCCUCGACCUGUUCGCGUUGUGGCAGUGUAAUAACACGUGCACCAGCGUCUUCGCUCAAGCGUCUUGGCGGGUGGCCCAGUCGUCCACCAAUGGACUGCGCUUUGCAAAGUACUCGACCACGGUGUACAGCACCUUCGCAUCUCUGGCAGCCGACAUCACGCGCGACAUGAAGCCGUUUCUGGCCCCCCAUUCCAUCUCCAAAGGACAGAUAUACACGGCCCAAGCCCCAGACGAACUGUUUGACUUGUAUACGGGCGUUCAGAACAUUCUGCAGUACAAGGAGCGCCUCCUGGACUGGGUCAACUUUAAUCCGUCGACAAACGACAUCCUUCGGCUCGAUAUGUGCGAAUGCCAGCGAAUGUUCAAGUGCCCCAACGGCACCGUGAGCCCCGUGGGGUCGGACAACUUAUUUGACUGUGUCAAAGCUGGCGUUGUGUUGCGGCGGCGGGACCUUGUCCCAUCGGGCCAUGCCCGUCAAGUGAACGGUUCGGACUUUACGUUUCUGUCGGGCACGGGUGCCCCCGUGAGCCACAUCGUGCUGGAUCCGCUGGAAGUGGCCAUCGUCACAAUCAAUGCGACACAGUUGGAGCGCAACAUGACCUACGACGACCACUACCAGAUCUCUAUCUACAAAAACUGCAAGCCAUGUCCACCUUUGUACCAGUGCAACUUUUACAUGGACCCUGUCGGGUGUACGUACCCGUUCAACGACAACAGCACCGGACAAACCAUGUACGACUCGUGCAUGUCCAUGUAUCACGGUGACUCGGCCAUCUGCGACGCCAACGCUUUGUUCUGCGAGACCCGCGGCCGUGUGCGCCCGGACGGGUCGGUUGUGCCCGUUCCCGGCUGCUGCUCGUGCGAACGCCUCGACAUGCCCGUGUUCUUUGACGCGAACCGCCCCGUGCUCGGGUUUCCAGACGAUAAGCACGGUAUGAUUCAGUUUACCAUCUCGGCCGUGGCGCAGACCGAGCUCACGAUCGUCGUCGAGUUGCUGCACGGGUUAUACUACAACGGUUUCGAGGCUACGUUCGUCCCGACCAACGUCGACGUGUCCAUCUUCACGCCGUCCCGCGCACGGUACACGCCCGAAGUGCCAACGACCGACUCGUUCUUCAGCGUACUCGUGCAGGACGACUUUGACGCGAUGGCGCUGCCGCUCAACCUGCCCAUGUCCAAGGUCCGGACCCCCAAGGAGAUGACGUUCCAGUCACACAUGGAGCGGUCUGUAUUCAUCGAUCGCGUGUCCGACAUUCUCGUGGGGGACCCGUCGUUCGCCGGGCGGCACGGCUUGACGCGGCUGUCACAUGCACAGGCGAUGCUAGGCGCGACCAUCUCCAACGACUCGCAGCUCCUCUGGAACGACUUUCUCGGUCUCGACCUGGUUCCGGACGGUGUGGGGGACGUGGCCUUCUCGGACGCGUGGUGGCUCAAGGCCCAGCCGAACGGCCUCACGUACUUGGCCAUGCCGUACUUGCCCUUCUUCAGCGCGUGCGCCGGGUAUGACUCGCACAUGUCGAUAGCCAAGCUGCUCGAAUCGCACCCAGACUGCGACUUUGUCGAGUACAACGCCACCCAUGAAGUGGACGAACUCAUCUGGCGCAAGAUGACGGUGCCGCUGGCGGACGAGUGCUCGGUCUUCAACCUUAACGGCAUCGACCUACAGUGUGUGUUUGAGGAAAACUUAGCCGGGGGGUCCGACAAGCCGCGGUGGUACGAAGUGGACUCGGGCACGCCCUUGUUCCACCUGACAAAGUACCCCAUCCCCGUCCACAACUUUAUCGGCAACGACAGCGUCGCGUCGCCCAUCUACUGGGGCCAAACCUCCACGUUUGACAACUUGAUUGGCACCACGGACCUCAUCACCGUCAGUGUCGGGCCAGACAGCAACGGAUACCCGCUGGUCGUGCCCCAAACAGUCACGCUCACGAUUCAUUAUUACCAAAUCCUCAAAGGAUACAAGAUCUUUGUGAAUGCCCAAAUCGACUUUGACGACCAGUGCGUCAUCUCGAACGUCGACGCCGACGUCCUAAAUGCCGCCGCAAAUGACAUUUACCCGUGUGAGAAGAACGUGGUCACGGGCGAAAUUCUGUCCAAGGGGUACACGCUCAGCGUCAUGUUUAGCGCGCUGCCGUGGAUGGAUCUGCUCAAUCAGUUCCAGUUCUCGUUCCAAGUGUAUGUGAUGCUGUUUUCAAUCAUUGGCGCGGGGUCGGUCGUCCAAGGCUACUUUAUCUACCUCAUCAAUCGGCUGUUUACAAAGAUGCGGCACCCGCCGCCGUUCCGACUCGUGCAGUUCAUCAAGGCCACGGCGCCCCAGCCGACGAUGGGCAUGGUCUACGUCACGCUGCCCACCGCCGCGUGCUCCAUGCUUCUCUACACUUGGUGGAACGUCUUCAAGUCUUCGCACCCGGUUGUGAACCCCAAUCUGUUUUCGUUCGAGCACAUUUCCGGCGACUGGCUGUACAUUAGCGCAUUGGACGUGGCCCAUAUCAAGCUAUUCAAGGCGGGAAGGCUUGGGACGUCGGUGGUGGCACUGGGGGUGUACAUGCUGCUGCUGGGGGCCAAACUCAUGCUGCCAGAUCACAUGGAUCCGCAGAAAGAAGACAACAUUAUGAACCAGAACGCGCUGCAGAUGGAACCCACCGAUCCAUUUGCAUUGCGCGACAUCCCCAGCGCCGGCAACGACAAAGAAGAAGACGAAGAUGGGUACUGGAACCCACUGCUGUGGAAGCGCAUGAACUUGCUGCUCGUGACGGCCAUCACGGUGCUCACGCAGCUGUUUAUUUGGGAGUUUUCGUACUCGUCGCUGUUCACGACCAACUGCUACCAGUUCCUCGUCGUGUACAAGAUCCUUGAGCACUUGUACGACAGUUUCUUUGAAGCGUUCUUGGGGGAUGCGUUCCUUACGCAGCCGGUGGCAGUGGUCGUCGCGGUCACGGAGGGGCUCAUCACGAUGGCGGCGCCCGACUUUUUCGGGUUCGUCAUGAGUUUUAUCAUCAUGCAGAGCAUCAUGAUCAUCGAGCGGCUGUUCUUUAACCCGUUCCUGGCGUACUGCACGGCUAUGAUGCCCAAGUGGAAGCGGCAGCUGCAUCGCAUGUUCCGCAAGAAGCGACGGCGAACGCGCGACCAAAAGGCGGCCGAGGAAGCCGAGUGGCGCAAGAUCUGCCAGGACAUCGAAGAAAAGGCCACGGGCAUCGAAGCCAUCAUCGACGCGUACAACAAUUACGCCGGUGAAACCGCGUCGCUGUUUCUGAACCCGCUUGUGAUGGCGUUCAUUUACGUGUUUGCCCGGGAGACGCAGAUCCCGGCGCUGUACUCGAUCUUGGAGACCGAUUUAAGCUACUACAUUCUGUUUUCAAUGGUCACGUUGCCAUUUGCAACCGUGCUGGACGUGGUGCUGUGGAACACGCAAGAGCUGAUCCACGGGUGGAAAGCGUUCGAGUACGCGACGUACCAGCGCCACCGGUUCUCGAUCCGCAAGGAGCGGUGGCAGAUGAACAUGAAAGUCAAGGACAAGUCGCUCGAAGAGGAGUUCCAGACCGUGGACGUGCUGUGCUUUUCGUCGCAGUACUACUUUCUCACGUUUCUGUACGCGUCUGGUGUGCUGUUUGUCAUGUUUGGCGCGAGUAUUUGGAUCCGAAAGCAGUACAAUCCCCUCGGCGACCGCCUCUUUGUCGUGAUUGUGGUCAUGGUGUUCGCUAUGGGUGUGGCUGUGACCAACGUCUCGUUUUACAUUGGCAACAAGCUGCGUAUUUGGGUGCCCAGGGCGCUGCGGGGCACCAUCGACGACGACAUCGCAGCAAAACUGGCGCUCGGGGCCGGCCGCCAGGAAGACUUGGAGCUGGAACGCAUGGAGAUGCAAGCGCUCAACUCGGAGCGAUUCCGCCAUCGGUUUCUUGAGAAGAACCGGCCGUGGAUUCUCCAGCACAUGGUCGAGCUGUUCACGCCCCGAACGCUGCAACUGCCCGGACCUUUGAACGACGGCAAGCCGGCGGUCGAGUACGUCCGUGACAUUUACAACGAGCUCAUGAACAUGGGCGAGGGCCGGCGACUCAAGGGCGACCGCAGCGACAUCAGCUCAGACGACGAGGACGAGCUGUUCAAGCAACGCCGAAACUGGUCCAACGUGCCGGUGGAAGGCACGACCAAGGACCUGGCGCUGUUCUGGCUCGCCAAAGCCAGAAAACGGCGGCUGUUUGGCAAGUUUAUCGGCGGGAUCCUGCUCGGGAAGAAGGAAGACACGUGCAAAGUGUGCCAGAAACAAGAGGCCGGCGGGUACGUGAUGAGCGUCGACAUCGCCACACCCGACGGACUCGAACAAGACAAGCUCGGCCUCGACCGACUUAUCAGGGGCUUCGAGGGCCAGUACGGCGACACCGAGGCCGACGCGGACCUGUGGAAAGCCUACUUUCGCCAGCACGCGACCUUUAUCACGCUCUGCAACGUGUGCACGUCCGCGUUGGAGCAGAAACGCCUCGCGAGGCUGGUACAGCCCGUCGGGUACGAUGGUUCUAUCGAUUUAGAAGGUUCAACUGCCAACUAAUAUGCUAAUUCUUGGCUGCUGUGUAGCAAGCAAACCAAGACCCGCGCCGACGACUUGAGCUCGGACGAAGAGGACGGCGGGCAGGACAUGGUGUUUGAGGCGAUGGUUGUGAGCCGGACGUCGGUGGAAGGCCGCGCGAUGAGCAAGUGGUUGCAGGCAGCGCGGAAGCGGCUCGGAGGGGUAUUUCCGCGCGAGAAUGCGCGGGUCGAAAUGGAGGCGUACGCCGAGCGCAUGCGAGCCAAGAAGGCACGCAAGACAAAGAAGAAGCGGCCAGACUCGGACGACGACGACCCGAGCGUGCACUGGAAGGUCAACUUGACCGAGGCAUCGCGGGCGCUGCUGCUGCGCUGGGUGUGGCAGGCCCGCGAAGACCAGUACAAGGUGUUCCGCGAAAAGGGAAUGAAGCUGCGGGCGACGGUCGCGGCGGUCGCGGCCAAGAUGCACGAGGUGGACGACUGGUUUUUCAGCAAAGAGAUGCGCGUGGAAGGUGUGACGCUCAAGUCGACGGCGGAGACGCUGACGGAGGACCAACUGGCGCUGGAGGAUGACAUUGACGUGAAGAAGCGCGCGAUGGUGCAAGAGCUGGACGUGUAUGUGAAUGAGAAGCGCGCGGCCAUGACCAAGGAGUCGGAUCUGUUCAAUAACAUGGUCGAAUCUGAGCGAGCGGCGCUCAAGACCAAGGUCACGGCGCGGGAAACCGAGCUGCUCGAAGAAAAGAAGCGGAAGGAAGUCGAGUUUCUCGAGAUUCAAAAGCAAGCCAAGGCCGACAACGGCGGGCGUGUGCCACCCAUGCUCCUGCAAGAGCACCGCGCGUACUUGGUCAAGAUGGACGACGAUCGGCGCAAGGAACGCGACGACGCCGAGGUGUUGGCAGGCGAGAAAGAGAAUCAAAAGCAGGACGCGUUCAAUCGGAAGCUUGCACUCAGCGAGGCCGGCAUCAUCAACCGGCAAGCGUUGACGGCGCAUCGGCUCCUGGCGCUGCGGAAGGACAUGAUGAACACUUUGCGCAUGCAGGAGAAAAGCUGGCAGAACAAGGCCAGCGGGUGGCUCGAGAAGGCCACGCGGAAGGUGGCCGUGAAGGAGCAGGAGGACGCCGAGAACGCGCUCGCGAUGAAAAAGCGCAAAAAGGUGUAACCGUUGAAUUUGUACAUUGUAUUUAGGGUUUUUAACCCUAAAUAAAAGAUGCUAAAUAUGGGGUAUUUGAUCUAAUUACCCUAAAUAUAUAUAUUAUGUUGUGGG